ACUUAAGGUUUGAACUCCUACCCACCCAUAGCUCGGCAUUCAAGAUAUGAGUUAUCCUGUGAUUGAGUUAAGCACGUGAGUUCCAUGUCAGAAGUCAAGUACGAGAUAUGCAGUGCGGGUGCGGGGCCUUGGGAGAUGAGUUGGAAGAUGUAAUUGAUAGACCCCAAUUGGCUGUGUUACGCGUGAGGGAUGAGGAGAACGGCAUGAUGAGAACGACGUUGGCAAAGCAUGGGAUUGACGAGUACGAUUACCCUGAGGUCGGUAGUUCAAAACCUGCCAAAAGAGGAAAGAAUUGUCAGUCACGUGUUGUAGAGAACGAAAUUAUCCGGAAAUGGUCGGACUUGCUAGAACUCCUGGAGGGGGGCGGAAGGAGAACACACGUGUCGUGCCUCCAAGCAGCCGUGAAUUGGGCAAAGGAGACUUCGGAUGAGAAAAGAGGGACUGUGGACAGGACGCGCAAGCAGCAAAAUGACACGUAUUAUUGCAGAAGGUUGGAAAAGGAUGACGGGAAAAGGAAAGGAGCAAUGCAAGAUGGGACAGGGAACGAAGCUGCUGGGCGCAAUGGGACGGGCAAAUUUACCAGGCACUUAGAAGAAGAAGAGUCGAAUCAAGGUCAGAAGCAAUGUCCAGUGCUACGGGAUUUCGUUCCGGAGCUGCUUGCGAGAGAAAUCAUCACCCCUCAUACACCAAGGGUUGGCAACGUGUCAUCAAAUACAAAAAGCUGCGUAUGGCUGGAGACGCUGCCGAUUGAAAUGCAGGUGAGCAUACUCCGAUUUCUCCUAGUCGAGAGUUGGCGGUUUGAUGCUGCAGAUCUGCAAGUCGUAGCCGAGCGGAUCAUUUCAUCCGACAGAGCGGGUGCAAACAUCUGGGUGAAGCGAGCUGCGCAGAGUCUUCUCGAGGGGAUCUGUCAGAGUGACAGUGAAGAACGCCGAGCAGCCGCCUACGCAUCAGGAUCACAAUCAAAAUGUAUUGCAUGGUACAAUCCACGACCGAGCUCUUCAACUUGUUCUGGACUUGCCCCAUUUCCGUGGCUCAGUUUCGGGAUUGGGGAGCCAGAUGAAGUAAUCUGUCCGGUAGAGAAAACUGGUGAAGUCCUGGAGCAGAACACCAAGCAACGCGUCAAAGAUGCCGACAAGAGCAAGUUUGAUGGGGCCGUCUCAAGCCAUGCUCCUGCAAAACAAAAGGCUGUUGAUAAGAGGGAUGAUGGGGAUCCCAGUUGCAAGGAAAGGCGCAUCAGUCAGUCCUUGCACACCUCACUGCCAAAAACCGCAGCAAUUUCCCCCACCAGGCGGGGACUAUCAGUUCAUGAUGGUGACAGUGAGGACAUGUCAAUUGACGGUAAUGAUACUCAUGAAAUGCCACCAGACCAGGCCAUGGGUGUUCCGAAAUCAGUGCGCAAGCCGACAGAGAUGCAGAUGAUGCAGUGCCAAAGUCAGGAGCACGAAGCUCGUGAAGUCAUCGAGGAUGAAGUUCCUUCCUUUGUUUGUGGACAGAUGGAUGAUUACGAUCGAAGGAGGAGAGUAUACGGCACCCGGGCGGAUGAGAAGGAAGUGCAUAAAGGUUCACUACCUUGGACAAACCGAAGUGUGACCAGAAGAGCAAAAAUAGAGCAUGAGGAUCAUGGAGAUGGCAAAGGAGUGGAAUGGGAGAUGGAGGAACCUUGCGCUCCACCAACUGCUGGCGAUCCGAAGGAUUGUGGGAGGGUUGCCGCUGUGCAGGCUACAACUGAGGCUCAGGAGAGGAAGCUAUCUCGGCAAGAAGGAUCGGAAGCUUCGGAAUCCUUGUUCCAGAAGGCUGCAGCUGUCCGCGACCAACUUAUUGGAGACAUGCCUCUUCACGGCAACUCUCCCGCUGCUCUGGACGAAGCGUGUGCACUUUUCAGGCACUUCUCGAAGCUUCCUGAGAUAUUUGGAAUAGUCGAGCCAUGGAAUGCCGAUGACGAUAUGACAUUACUCCUUUGCACACAGUGCAUUUCGGAAUCCGACUCACAUGCGCAGAGCUCUGAACUGCUCAAGGGCCUACUGACUGUAAAGCUUGGGAGACUGGAACGAAGCCCAUCCCGUGCCCUAGUCUCCUCAGUGCUUUCAGCAGCAAGAAUGCAGCCAUGGGCUGUCAUGAACGCAGUAGUAGCCCCCUUGAUCGAAGGAACGGCUAACAACAAUGACAGCAAACAUGUGAACGAUGUUUGCAACCAUCAUUUGGCGGAGACGACCCGUGAAGGGGUGGGUAUGCUUACUAUUGGCCAGUGCGAAGUCAUUAACCGGGUCGUUAAGGAGGCCUUCCCCAAAGAAAUAGUUUCCGAGUUCUUGAGUCAACUGCUGGAUGGCAUGGCGUGUUUUUUCCACGAGGACAGCUCCUGGUCUUCAGGAGGCAAGCCUAGACAACAGGCAGCGGCAGCCAAAGGAGGAGGAGGAAGAGGAAGAGGAGGAGGAGGAGUAGGAGGAGGAGGAGGCGAAGUGAGCGAUUCGGUGGUUGGCCUCGUACUGACUGCCCUGAACUUGUGUCCAGCAAUGGAUGUUGCAUUGAUGGACCGGUUAGUGGACGUGCUCUGUGCUGCAGCAGAAGGCAUGAGAAGAUCAUUGAAAUUUGCAAGCACUGUGUUCAGCCUGGUCACAAAGUAUGGCGAUCAGCUGCUUCCACACCAUUGUGACAAGCUGCGACAGGCCCUCAGUUUGUCGAGCGUUUUUCUGUCGAAGUCGGCCUUGUCAAGACUAGAUGCGCUCUCUGCGGCCUGAAUUGCCAGAACCGGACGACAAGUGUAAGAGCAUACUCACACUAGGGACUUUUUUUCAACUAAAUUUGUCGGCAAUCGCACUGAGAUACAUUCCAGGAAGCCGGAAUGCGAGUAUGCCCUGAUGCCGCUACGGGGUUUUGUGCUUGUGCACAUACUUCUUGGCGUUCUCACGACAAAGAGCUCACCAGUUUUUUGUUAUCCGAAAGAGGGUUGUGUGUUCCAUGCCAUGCCAACAAAAGACCGAAUGGAAUGUUCUUUGGAAAGGCCAUCUGUGUGCAAAUCAAGAUCCUGGGUUGAG